CAACCAUGACCCCCACUACACAUGGAAACACCACAGGAUGUGGUGACGUAACGGGUGUCAUCCCUUAUAAAGGGUAACAGUGUGGGAAGGAGAAACUGGAUCUGAUUGUGACUUCAAGGGUGACAGAUACUCAGCUGAAUCCAGAUUUUGCAUGGCCAAUACCAUCACCAUGCGGUUGCUGAUCCAGGUUCUGAUGCUAGCUGGGUCUUUCACAGCGGCGUUCCCUGCCAGCGACUUCACAAAUCCCCAGUUCUCUGAAGUGGAGAGACCAGACCGGGCUCUGAUGCAAGUUCUGAGAGAUUUGGCCAGUUUAUCAACAGAGCAGCCCUUACCUGUCCUGCUCCUCAACCCCUCCCACAUGGGCGUGUCCAGUCCACUGAUAGAGGUGGUGCCACCCAGGGGGAAAUGGGAUUGGUACUUAGAUAAGACCAACUCACAAAAUAAGAAACUGCAAAAUCUGUCCUCAUACAACCUGAACUCUUUUGGUCUGCGCUAUGGAAAGUGAUUUACACAGGUGUUGAACUGCCAUGAUGUUAACAAUGCAUUGAUCUUGUUCAGGUUGAUACCAACUAUAUGUCAUGAAGCUAUGAAAGUAAGAUUUACUACACACUAUUAUAAUUUAUUAAUGUAUGACUAACAUAGUUUUUAGUUGUGUUUACUCACUGUUGUCCACCUUUUUCUUGUAACUGAUUUACCUCUUUAUUUGAAUGUCUAUGGCUAGUCCACAAACAUGCUUUGCUUGAUUGUAGUCAUUGAUGUAAAUAGCAUAAUAAUGAUCAUU